UACAUAUAUAUCAUUAGUCCAUGCAUUAAAAUCUUUCUUGGAAGAUCCGUCCAAGGACUGUGAUGAAGCGACUGGUAGUAGGUACGAGGAGGUUAGGUCGCAGUUCGGUCGGAAUUUAGAGAUGGUAGGUCUAUAAAAUCAUUAAAUCCAUCGUCCAAUAGAAAAAAUUUAAACCCAAUAGUGUUUAUUUUCCGGCAAUGAAGCCCGCCGGUGUAUUCACGGGCGUGUUCCUUUUGGUGGCGAUUUACUGUGCUGUUGACCCGUACAAACACAGCGCAAUAUCGGAAUUCCCGGAGUUUGAGGCGUUUAAGGUUGAAAUGCCGGCCUGGUCUGAAAUCCCAGUUGAAAAAGACCCUGAAAAUUUGUUACAGAAAGCUGAAAUUAAGUUCUUGAACCAGGUGCAAGGCCCCGAGAGCAUGGCGUUCGAUCCGACCGGCCGUGGCCCGUACACCGGGGUGGCUGAUGGGAGGGUUGUGUUUUGGGAUGGUGUGAAAUGGACUGAUUUUGCUUACACUUCGGCUAAUCGGUCAGGCCUAUGUGACCCAAAACCAUCACCCAUGGGCUAUUUGAAGAACGAGCAUAUCUGUGGCAGGCCAUUGGGUCUAAGAUUCGACAAAAGAACUGGUGAUUUGUAUAUUGCAGAUGCAUAUUUGGGGUUGAUGAAGGUUGGCGCUGAAGGCGGUUUGGCAACGUUCCUAGCAACUGAGGCCGAAGGAAUUCCUUUUGGAUUUACAAAUGACUUGGACAUUGACGAUGAAGGGAACGUCUAUUUUACAGAUAGCAGCACCAAAUUCAAAAGAAGGUCGCUUAAGAUAUUACGUGUUUGGCUAAGCCUAAAAAAGAAAAUUAUUUUAACUAUUUGUUUUCUCACACUUUCAGAUAAGUUACCUUUUCCUUAAUUUAAGUUGAAAAAAGUUGCUUAGCUUAAAAAGUAGCUCUUACCUAUUUAGUGUACUGUCAUUAU